CUGCAGUGCAGACAAAUGCAGCAGCAGUUGAGAACAGAUACAGAAGACGAGAAUUGAAGAGAUAGAAAUGCUAAAAGCAGUAGUAGCUGCUCUUUCGCGCUCACCACCUCCUUCUUCUCCUUUCACGAGCUACGCUACCAUUCACGAUUCCGCAAACUUUCACCGCGUUUCGAUCAGAGUAGCAACAUUCACGAAAAUGGCCUCCUCCUCCUCCUCCUCACCACUCCCCUCACUCAACAUUCCAAAUUUCGUUUCCGUCGAAGGCGCCGACGUACAUUCGCGAACUAAACCUGAUGGCUUCAGAUUCAGCUUCGUCUCGUAUAACAUAUUAGCUCAGGCUUAUGUGAAGAGCUCUCUGUUCCCACACUCUCCUUCCCCGUCACUCAAGUGGAAAUUUCGUUCAAGUUCGAUUUUAGAAGUUCUCAAGAACUUGGGAGCUGAUUUUUUCUGCCUACAGGAGGUUGAUGAAUUUGAUAGCUUUUACAAUGGAAGCAUGCGGAACUUGGGAUAUUCGUCUAUCUAUAUGAAGAGAAGUGGACAGAAGCGUGAUGGGUGUGGUUUGUUUUACAAGCAUGACCGUGCAGAGUUGGUUUUGGAGGAGAAAAUUGAAUACAAUGAUCUGGUAAAGUCAAUUAAAGAUGGAAACUCUCCAAAGGAUGACGAAGAAAGCAAAGGCCAGCCAAAUAAACAAGAGGAUGCUGCAUCCAAUGAUGGACCUAAAUCGAACAAAGAAGAUCGUGGAGACCCCAAUGAUCCUCGUGUGAGACUAAAGCGUGACUGCGUAGGAAUUUUGGCUGCGUUUAGGGUCAAAGAUCCCUCUCGUCAUGUUGUUAUUGUGGCCAACACACAUCUUUAUUGGGAUCCUGAAUGGGCUGAUGUCAAGCUUGCACAAGCUAAAUAUCUUCUUUCUCGAUUAUCACAAUUCAAAACUCUGGUAUCAGAUCAAUAUGAAUGCACGCCUGAAGUCAUUGUGGCUGGUGACUUUAAUUCUACACCAGGAGAUAUGGUUUAUCAGUAUCUCAUAUCAGGCAAUUCUUCUUCACAAAUUAUGCCUGAAUGUUUGGAGGAGCAACCAAUUCCCUUAUGUAGUGUCUACGCUUCUACGAGAGGAGAGCCACCAUUUACAAACUACACACCUGGUUUCACGGGAACUCUCGAUUAUAUAUUAUUUUGCCCCUCUGACCACAUGAAACCAAUCAGCUUUCUUGAGCUUCCAGACUCCGAUGCAGUCGACAUUGUUGGUGGACUGCCAAACUAUAGUCAUCCAAGUGAUCAUCUACCAAUUGGUGCUGAAUUUGAGAUCAUCAAGGAGUAAAUGGUCUUGUACGGCUAAGUGGUAUUUGAUUUCUCAGGCAUUCACGUGGAUGAGUGCAAAGAAUUGGGGCGAGUAUACUAUGGAUUAGGCAGUGAAAUCAACCGAGUGACUUGACAAGGUGAUGGUCACUUAACCUCCAAUUAUCCAAUGAACAUUACUUGUUUUAGAAAAUUUUGUAGGAUUGAAUUCUCUUUCCAGUUGCACAAUCCUUGCAGAAUCUUUUGCUUGUCUUCCAUCAUGUGAUAUUUUUCAAGAUUUUUUUCCCUCCGAUUUUGAUGUGCGCAUUUUUAUUAUAAAAACAUAGUUUGUUAUGUGUAACCAGCGGCUUGGCAAGCCACUUUCCUAUUGUUGUUAAGUGACAUUAUUUUUAAAAUAAAAGGAAAAUAUUAGAGGCUAA